UUGGAUUCUCUUUUGUGCCUUUUCUCUGCAGCUGGCCUGUGGACAGUCUUCACCUUGGGCGGAGUGGGGAGUAAGGCAACACCACAGCUGGAGCAGUGCUCCCCACUGGCUAACCAGAGCCUGCUGCUGCUGCUGGUCCUGGCCAACCUGACUGAUGCUCCGGACACACCAAACCCCUACAGGCAGGCAAUUAUGUCAUUCAAGAACACACAAGACAGCAGCGCUUUCUCAUCAUCACAUCCCCACGUUUUCCAGAUUAAUUUUAACAGCUUGUACACGGCUUUGUGUGAGCAACAGAAGUCUGAUCAGGCAACCCUUCUGCUGUACAUGCUUCUGCACCAGAACAGCAACGUACGGACAUACGUGUUGGCACGGACAGACAUAGAGAACCUUGUUCUGCCAAUUCUCGAAAUUCUAUAUCAUGUUGAAGAAAGGAAUUCACACCAUGUCUACAUGGCUCUCAUCAUUUUGUUGAUCCUCACAGAGGAUGAUGGCUUCAACCGAUCCAUUCAUGAAGUGAUAUUGAAAAAUAUCACUUGGUACGCUGAGCGUGUCCUAACAGAGAUCUCACUUGGGAGUCUCCUGAUACUCGUUGUGAUAAGAACUAUCCAGUACAACAUGACACGGACACGGGACAAAUACCUGCACACUAACUGCCUGGCAGCCCUAGCCAAUAUGUCAUCACAGUUCCGCUCACUACAUCAGUAUGCUGCGCAGAGAAUCAUCAGGUAAAUAUGAAACUUCUGA